CUAACAAGACUCAUAGCUCCAUGACGAAACAUUGCAUCCGAUAAUAUUUGUGAUCGUUUCUCCGGAAAAAAAAAUUUUUCCCUGACUUUUUAUUUGGUUCUUUGAUAGGAUAUAAAAAUUUUGGAUCAGAAAGAUGAAGAGCAUAUUGGUACUUUCUGUCAUUUUGGGGCAAUUUUUAUUGUCCGGUGCCGCUGGAGUUUGGAACUAUACAGACCAGGCAGCAUGGAGUUCGAUGCCCGGGUCACAGUGCAGUGGUAGCAAUCAAUCACCCAUCAAUUUUCCUCCUAUGGUUGAAAUGGUCUACAGCGAAAAUCUAAAAGCAUUUACUUUCACCGGUUAUGAUCAACUAGUAACUAGCCCUACGAUUGUAAAUAAUGGACACAGUGUCACCGUGACGUUUACAAAUGAUGCCCGUGUGUCGGGAGGCGAUCUGGGAAGCACAUUUAAAGCGGCCCAGUUUCACUUCCACUGGGGCAAUGACAACACCCGGGGGUCAGAGCACACCUACAACGGCAUGACUUACCCAGCGGAACUCCAUGUAGUCCAUUAUAAUACAAAGUAUGCAGACAUCAGUGAAGCUGUAAGCAAGCCCGACGGACUGGCCGUGUUGGGGUUUUUCAUAGAGGUUGGUCCAAUUCAUAAUUGCAACUUUGGACCGGUCAUAGAUGCACUGAAGAACGUCCCAGACAAAGGUAAUACUUCAUCGUUGACCCCCUUCAAACUCCGUCACAUGCUUCCUAUGCAGCUAAGAGACUACUACCGGUACAUGGGGAGCCUGACCACGCCCCCCUGUUCUGAGACGGUCAAAUGGACAGUCUUCAGGGACAGGCUUUACAUGUCCGAAGAACAACUACAAGAAUUUCGCAAGAUCUACUUCGACUUAUCAAAGUCCAAGGUAAUGGUGGACAACUGGAGGCCUCCUCAGCCUCGCAAUGGAAGGAAAGUUUACAUCAGUUUCGAUGUCAACGCCAAUUCCUCACCGGUGCAUCUGGUCAAUUUAUCCUUAGCUAUUUUUAUAUUCUGUGUUCAAUGGUUAGCCAUGUAAUCAUAGUUUGUGACGUCGAAAUUCUACAGCAAUAAUGUCAAGUGUAUUCCCACAUCGAAAUAUUUUCCAUUUUCAUUAAAUAAGAUUAUAGCAUACUCGAAUGUGUUUCAGUGAAAUGCAGAUUUUUUUUUUCUCAAUAAUACAUGGACAAGAGUUAAAAGUUAUCAAAUGUUUUACAUGCUUGUAUAAAUGAUUGGCAUUUGCGUGUUUUGUGUGUAUAUUGUAGUUAAUAAUUUGAGUGUUUGAUGUGCAUAUUGUAAUUAAUAAGGUACUGUAGGAAAAUUUGUGUCACUUCAACAUAAAAUUUGUGUCACUUCAAUAUAAAAUGUAUACUACUGUUUUGUGAAUUUGUACAUGUAAAAUAUAGACAUCUACAUUUCA